CUUCCAUCGUGUGUCUACCAAGAAUCGCUCCACGUGCCACCAGUGCUUCCGCGAUGCGGCUACUUUGAAGUCAAGCCGAAGCUACCAGCGCUAAUCGCGGCGGUUAUCGCGCGUCUUGAAUCAUGACGUCGUACCUGUUCUCACGAUUCAUGUCGCGGCGAAUAAACGUCGCCAAGCGGGUACCCGCCGUGCAGGGAGCGUUUGCGGGGGGAGCCGCGGAAAGAGUAGCUCCGCUACAGGCUGCGGGGGCGGGAAACCGAUGCUUCAACCAGCCAGUGGCGCCAGCGUCGUCCUUAUCCUCCUCCUCCGCAUCGCCGCGCCGAUUUUCCUGGCUCUUCCCCGCGCUCGUCGGCGCCCUGGCAGGCGGAGCGACGGCGGCGGCUGCUCUUCAUUCCGUUCACGAUGCGCAAGCGCCGUCCUCCCCCCGCCUUCAUCGCCUUCCUCUUUCAUCCGCUCUCGGCGCACGAUUCGGUGGUCCCGAGCCCGCCUCUCCGUUCCAUGGACCUGCUCGCUCCGUCCCCCCAUACUCCCGCCGCGCCACCCUGCCUCUUGGAGCGUCCCCGUGCUCCGUACAGCCCAUCCCCCGCCUGGCCCUCACCUCCCAUGCCUCCCCGUCCGCUAUCCCCUCCCCCGUCCCUGAGUCCCCGCCUCUGUCCGCGGCCCCCCCGCAUGGGUCCCUCCCCGCGCCCCGCAGCGUGGUCGAGGGGAUCAAGCGGCUGCUGCCGGGGGAAGCGGAACCUGGGGGGAAGGCGGAGGGGCAGGGGGAAGGGGGGGAAGCGCUUGGGAAUGGGAAAGGAGAGCGGGAGAGGGAAGGUGAGAGUGGAAAGGAGGCGGGAAGUGGAGGAAGGAGGGCAGAAGGGACGGUGCUAGGGGAGGAGGAGGCUGGGAGAGGGAAGGGGGAUGCAGGUGGCGAUGGCGAUAGUGGGACGUGCGGGCGGAAUUGCUUGUCUCGACAUGCCAUUGCUGAUGCGGCUGCGAGGGCAGCUCCGGCUGUGGUGAACCUGACAGUCAGUGUGGGGCGCGGCAUGUUCAGCGGGCAGGCGAUGGGGUCGGGCGCCAUCAUCCGGGCGGACGGGCUCAUCCUCACCAAUGCGCACGUGGUGGCCGAGAUGGUCGACCCCACCGCCGCCUCCGCGCCCUACUGGAGCUCUCGUGCCAAGCUGCAGGUGACGCUCCAGGACGGACGCACCUUCGAUGGCCACGUGCUCAGCUUUGACUCGCUCUCCGACAUCGCACUCGUCAAGGUGUCAGCGCCCUCGCCCCUGCCGGUGGUGAAGCUGGGGUCGUCCAAGGCGUUGCGCCCUGGGGACUGGGUGGUGGCGCUGGGGUCGCCGCUGCACCUCUCCAACACCGUCACUGCUGGCAUCGUCAGCUGUGUGGACCGCAAGGGCACAGAGCUGGGCCUGAGGGGGGGGCGGAUGGAUUACAUCCAGACAGAUGCAGCCAUCAAUGCGGGCAACAGCGGGGGCCCGCUGGUGAAUUUGGACGGGGAGGUGGUGGGCAUCAACAACAUGAAGGCGCUGGCGGCGGACGGGGUCAGCUUCGCCAUCCCCAUCGACUCCGCCGUGCACAUCCUCGACCAGCUAUCGCGCCACGGGCGUGUGGUGCGGCCAUUUGUGGGCAUCAAGAUGCUCGAGCUCAACGCGUCCAUCAUAGAGCAGCUGAGGGACAGAGACCCCUCCUUCCCUGCCGUCACUGCAGGCAUUCUCGUCCCUCAGGUAAUUCCCGGUUCGCCUGCAGCAAAGGGCGGGCUGCAGCCAGGUGACGUGAUUGUGGAGUUUGCCGGGCAGCCAGUGGCGUCGUCCCGCCAGGUGCUGGACUUGCUGGGAGACAAGGUGGGCGCGAAGAUGCCUGUGGUGGUCAGGAGAGCCCAUGGCAAGACAGUCACACUCAGUAUAGUCACAGAAGAAGCCACACCUGACAUGUGAACAGUGGCUCCUUCAAUUUGUCUUCACCCUUUCCUGUUUCCGAGGCUUGUCUUGCUUUGGCAGCUCACAGAGGACAAUUGAUA